AUGCAUCACCACCGCAGAAAGUCUGGUCAUGGCCAAAAUACCUCUAUGACUGACGUCCGAAAGUCUGUGACCGCUACUGAUCCAACAUCAAAACACAAGAGACCCGGCAUGACGAGACGUCAUACUCCUGUGAAUGCCCAGAAAUUAGGCCGAAGCCAUCGUGAGCGAGAACGGGACUACCAAGACGCCUGGGAGGAUGAACGUGAAAGCUUUCCACAAUACUGCAUGACUUGUGAGAAGCAAUUCGUACCUCACGACGAAAGACAUCUCUAUUGCUCGGAAACCUGCCGACGUGUAGAUCAGCAAAACUCGUCUUCACACUCGUCGCAGAUACGGAACCAGGAGCCAAGGGACAUCAUACCUCGGGCCUCACCAUCUCGACCAAAUUCGAUGCAAUUCAGCCAGUCGCCACCGGCAUCACCAGGAACGAUUCCAGCUUCUCAUCACAUCUCCGCUCUCUCUGCGCUGCGAUCUCUCAACAUUGGACCUCCUAGCCCUCCCUCUCCCACAGGGAGCAACGGCGGCAGUCUUUGGCCGUUUAGCCGAAGUGUUGCAACGAGCCCUGCAAGUUCGUAUCGACGCCCUUCUGGCCCAUAUCUAUCCUCAACAUAUGACACGGGUCACCACUAUGGCCCCGGUGCAUACACGUACGACUCAGGCUCGCACGGCUUGGACAGGCCUCUUCCAACCAGGCAUCCUGGAGCGUACUCUCGACCCAAGAGUAUUGAAUUGGUGACUCCGGUUCUGGGUCGGUAA